CCAGCUGCUGGCAAAGCAGUCUUGGUUCGAUGCCCACCCCAGACGCUGAAUCGAUUGCGAACACUCAACGAGGCAGAGGUCAUCACCCUCUUCACACCUGUGGUCCCUCACUCGCCAUCGACAUCCUUGGUCAAGGACAUGGAUCCCUUCGAACCCUUAGGACGUGCUCUACCAAGACAAGUCCGCCAUGUACCGUUCCGCAUGGAUCUCGGCAUGACCGACUUGCAUCCGUACUUCUUGCCCGCGAGCGGGGUCGUUGUGGUUGUCAUCUGCGCUACAGAGAACGUGCUCGGACAUAGCCCGGAGGCUUUUGAGCGGCAGCUCAAAUUCACUCGAAGCAUCACGCGUAAGGUCGAGAAGGAUACGUCAAUGACAUCGGUACCUGUCGUUCUUCUGGUCAUUGUCAGUAAUGGCGCGAAGAUGGAAGCACAUGUGCAGGCACUAAGCGACUUCCCUACUCUUGUUACUAUCGACGACUACACUCCGGCCACGCUCGAGCGUGCGGUCCAUGUUCUCUUCGGAUGA